AUGGUAUACGGCCCCCACGAAUCACCUUCAACCUAUACGAGGGAACGGGUAAGCUCAAUAUACCAGGACGGACUGAAAUGGAAGAACAGCAGCAACACUGUCGGCCGGCCCAGGCUCUUCGACGCUCAGGCCAUACACCACCAUGCGACGACCGAAUUGCAUUAUGUUUUCUCGACGGCUCAGCAACGGGAACGGCUGAAAGAGUUGGGCCUUUCUUACUUCCAUGCCCUUCAGGAACCCCGGAACCACGUGGCUCGGCUCGACCACAACAUAGCGUCCCUGAUUUCUUGCUGUUACGACGGAAUCCUCGACGAGGACGACGUGGUCUCGAAGGCUUGCGCACUACUAUCUCGCAUGCCUGCUGCUCCUCCCUUUCCACAAGCCUUGGCGGCAUUGUUUCGAGGCAGGACGUUCAACUGGCUCUACUUCGAAGGUAUCCACCACAGCCAUGUUUUGGGGAACGAAGACACCUGGAAUAGGCUGCUCGUGACCAGAUGGUGUGACACAAACACCAUGAAAAUCGCAUUGACCAUUGUCCAGAUAUAUGAGGCGAAGAAUAGCAUCACGGUGGAUCUUUUCGGACAGUACCUCAACACACUGGCCGAGAUUUCGGAGACGACGUUUUCGAUGCUCCGUCACUGUAACGACGCCUUGGAGCAACAGUCAUGGUUACUGGCUUCAAGCUUUCUCUGGACAUGCUGGUAUCGUGGGCUCAUGCUAUAUUUGCACAGUGCUUUACACUUUCACUUGCAUCUUGGCUACGACGUCGAGGCUUUGUACAGACUGAACAUGAGGCAGCCGUUGCCGCAAAUGGGUGUACAUUGGCCGCCUCUGAAACCGUCUGAAUACCUGUGCCCCUGGGCAUUCGAGUUGCUACGCUCAGAUAGAGCUUCCGUGAGCCAGGAUUUCCGCCGUUUCCAUCAGCGGUUUUCGGCACUUCACGGUCAAAAGCCAGCUCGGUGUCUUGGUGGACCGUGCCGUCCUUGCAGUGGACAGGGCCCGACACACUGUCAGCGCUUCACAGGUCUAAAAAUAGUGGACCAGUCUGCUCAUGAUGCAUCUUGUAACCGGAAAUGCCAGAGCUUGUUGUGGGACGAGACGAGCUAUCGCAGUGUCACUGGUGCGAGAGCAGUAUCUAUUACUGACUCGGGCUGCGGCUCUAUUCGUUACUGCCAGGCUACUUCCCGGACGAUUGCUGUGUCGCACGUGUGGGCUCACGGUGCGGGUGGCAGGCCGCACACGGGCUUCAACGACUGUCUACACCAGCGUCUCGUCCGCAUUGCUCAGGACAACAACUGCGACUCUUACUGGAUGGACACACCUUGUAUACCCGAGGACCAUCAACUCCGCGCCGAAGCAAUUGGAUAUAUCAACGAAGUGUUCAACACAAGCAGCAUCACCCUGGUGUGGGAUCGUGAUCUUAUGUCGAUCGACGUAUCUGGUCCGUCAAUUGAGACACAAGAAGCCAUCCUGUGCACUUUACUGGUCUGUGACUGGGCCCUGAGGUCUUGGACUCUCCUAGAGUCGAUGCGUGCACGACAUAACAUUCAUCUGCUGUGCAAAGAUAACAAGACGAUCGCGCUGAGAGACUGCCUUCUAAACGUUCAUCAUGCUGGUGCAAUCGACAUCGCGACGCUGUUGCUCACAAGCCAACAGCUCCUGCCGACGAUGAAGUACGACGGUGAAUCACCGGAUGAAGAGUUUCUCAUGCAAAUGGAAGGUUACAUUCCCGUGGAGGAAGCCCUGCAGCUGCUGGGUCGUCGACAUGCAUCCCGACCAGGAGACAGUGUCGUGAUCUUGAGCCUGCUCAUUGACGACAAGCCAGUUUACACUGCAGAGGCAUUCUGGAAGUCGAGGAUAGGCCGUUCCUUGAACACGGGUGUGUUAUUCUCAUCCCAACCAAGGCUCCGGUCCAAGGGAUUUCAAUGGGCACCUUCUCAACCAGAGCUGCCGUUGGCGGAUGUGUCGGACAUGUUUUCCGCACACUCUCAAGAACACUUGUUCGACGGCUUCCGGACGUUGCCUGCACAAAUUACCCCGGACGGCCUUGACGGCAGAUUUGCCACUUUCGAAAUUCCUGAAAUCGAGCAAGAGCCUCCUGGCGCGGAGAACGCACUCACCGCUUUGAUGAAGAGACUUCCUUGGCCGGGUCACCAGAGGCGCCUGACCAGCAGCCAGCCACGCAUUCUGCGCGACCACUUCGCACUGGGAAAGUAUCGACACUCGAUGCUGCUCCUUCCCGUGCAUUACAAUUCCUCCCGAAGUGCUGUGUUCCACGCGUACCGUGGCCGGGCGAACGGCGUGCUAUUCGGCGUGGUAGGCUCCAACGACGAGGACAGACGAACAUGGCAAUGGCUGGGAACUUUCGAGUGGCAAUCAAAUGAUCCUCCCCUUCCUAAGGUCCGGAAGGAACAAGAGAGGAUAUUAAUCGAGUGA